AUGAACGUUUUUACGUUGAGGAGCGUUCAAGCUGAGCCCCUCGAUCUAUGGCAUUUGACGACAACGGAUGAUGAAUAUGUCGUGGCGGAUGGACGCGUGGUGCGAUUUGCCACAGAUAUUGUUGUGUGGGCAACUUACAGCGAAGAGUAUGAUCGAAGCCCCAUCGUCACAGACAAGUUGACAAGAGCCGACAUUUUUGAGCUGGUCAAACUCCGGGGGGAAAUGAACCGAGAGACACGGCGGCUUGAGCAAGCUCGCGAGCAGUCUUCAUCAGACCAAGAACAACCACGAAACCCAUCUCAAGCUCUUUCUUGUUCCGUCGACGCGUCACCUCCCUCCCCGUUCCCGAACGGUUCGCUCGCCAUACCCCAUCCCCUGUCCCCUCCGCCAUCGCUUUCGCCAAGCGUGAGAUAA